AUGCCCGCCCACACCGUGGUUAAGAAGGAGCCCGUUGACGAGGUUCCCGAACCACGCAACCCACCCAACCCACGUCACGACGACGACGCGUCGGAUGACGAGAGCGACGAGAAGGACAUCAAGCCCAAGAUUGAUGGCCUCGAGAAGAUCGGCAUCGACUUCAAGCCCAUUAAGCCCGUCCCCAAGGCUGGCCCGCGCAAGCCCACCGAGUUCACGAUCAAGCUCCAGGGGACCAAGGACGGCAAGCAAUACUGCAUUAGGUUUCGCAGGUACCCCUACCACAAGGGCAUUGGCAUCAAGGUGAGUCUUAGGUCUGACAUGCGCUCAUGGCAGGAACACCUCGUCAAGUACUAUGGCUACGAGAUGGACAAGCUGCGCGUCAUCUACGACGGAAAGAUCGUGCAGGACGACCAGACCAUGGCCGAGCUCGAGGUUGAGGACUAUGACGAGUUUGACGUCUUCCUCGAGCACAGCACCCAGCCCACCUCAACGGCCGACAUCAAGCCCAAGAUCGACGGCGUCCAGCAGGCCGGCGUCGACUUCUUCCGCGUGAAGAAGUACAAGGCCGUUCCCCGCCGCCCGGAACACAUCCCCGUGACCAUCAACGGCUCGUCCGACGGACGGGUGUACCAGCGCAAGAUCCGCGUCCUGCCGCACGAGGACGCGGGGCAUAUCAAGGUGCGUGCGCUAGUGGACAGGAGGAGCGCUGACGGCAGCGCUGGCUGGCUGCGACGUACGGCUACGACAUCCGCAUCCUCCGGUAUGCACGCCGAGCUGAUUGGAGCUGAUGAGAUCAGUAUCGUGUUCAAUGGCGUUAUUCUCCACGAGGAGACUAUGGAGGAGCUCAAUGUCGAGGAGGGGGACGAGUUCGACGUCUACUUUGAGCAGCUCGGCGGCUAG